UUAAACGCAAUCUCCUCUAUAUAUACCCUUCCAAUUCUCCUCAAUCUCUCCAAGGCAAACAGAAUAUGUUAAGCCAAUAGUACCAAUAAUACAUUCUUACUAGGCAUUGAUAUUAUUUUCAUUGAUAUACAUAUCAUACAUAAGUAAUUAUGAGUCAAAGAAAAUAUGCUUAUUUUGUUCUCAUUCUUGUCCUUGUUCUCCAUGCGUUUUCUUAUUCGGGGGAGGCACGACAACCGUUUGCAUGCGACCCCGCUAACGCGGUGACAAGAAACCUACGGUUCUGCAAAGCGUCGUUGCCAAUACAUGUGCGUGUUCAGGACUUAAUAGGACGAUUAACGUUGCAAGAGAAGAUAAGGUUGUUGGUGAAUAAUGCUGCACCGGUUGAAAGGCUAGGUGUUAAUGGCUAUGAGUGGUGGUCUGAGGCACUUCACGGUGUCUCCAACACCGGACCCGGUGUUAAGUUUGGUGGUGCUUUCCCUGGCGCUACUAGCUUUCCUCAAGUUAUUACUACUGCUGCUUCCUUUAACGCCUCCUUGUGGGAAGAAAUUGGCCGGGUGGUUUCUGAGGAAGGAAGAGCAAUGUAUAAUGGAGGAGCAGCAGGACUAACAUUUUGGAGUCCGAAUGUGAAUAUAUUAAGAGAUCCAAGGUGGGGAAGGUGUCAAGAAACACCAGGAGAGGACCCUCAUUUGGUUGCACGAUAUGCCGUCAGCUAUGUUAAGGGACUCCAAGGCGGCGGUGACCGUGGCAAUAGCCGCUUGAAGGUGGCUGCUUGCUGCAAACAUUACACUGCUUAUGAUCUUGAUGAUUGGAAUGGCUUUGAUCGUUACCACUUCAAUGCUAAGGUAAGCAUGCAGGACUUAGAGGACACGUACAAUGUGCCAUUCAAAGCAUGUGUGGUUGAAGGGAAUGUAGCAAGUGUAAUGUGCUCUUACAAUCAGAUCAAUGGAAAGCCAACGUGUGCUGACCCUACUCUCCUCCGUGACACUAUUCGUGCCCAAUGGCACCUUAACGGAUACAUCGUAUCAGAUUGUGAUUCUGUUGGAGUUUUAUUCGAUCAACAACACUACACCCGUUUCCCUGAAGAUGCUGCAGCUGCCACUAUCAAAGCUGGGUUGGACUUGGACUGUGGGCCUUUCCUAGCAAUCUACACAGAGCAGGCAGUCCGUACAGGCAAAGUUUCAGAAGUGGAAAUCAACUAUGCUUUAGCCAAUACAAUUACAGUCCAAAUGCGUCUAGGAAUGUUUGAUGGGCCAAAUGGGCCUUAUGCAAAUUUGGGCCCAAGAGAUGUGUGCACUCCAGCCCAUCAACAGUUGGCCUUGCAAGCAGCUCGUGAAGGUAUGGUUCUUCUCAAAAAUAUUGGACGAGCUCUGCCACUCUCCCCUCAGCGCCACCGCACUGUUGCUGUUAUUGGGCCCAACUCAGAUGCUACAACAACCAUGAUUGGCAAUUAUGCUGGUGUUCCAUGUGGUUAUAUUUCUCCGGUACAAGGAAUAGCAAGAUAUGCAAAGACAGUUCACCAACACGGAUGCAUGGGAGUAGCUUGUCUAGAGAACCAACAUUUUGGACUAGCAGAAAUUGCGGCGAGGCAUGCUGACGCCACUGUGUUAGUGAUGGGGCUUGACCAAUCCAUCGAAGCAGAAGCUAAGGAUCGAGUUAGCCUUCUUCUGCCAGGACGCCAGCAGGAGCUCAUUUCUAGAGCAGCUAUGGCUUCUAAAGGCCCUGUUGUGUUGGUUUUGAUGUCCGGUGGCCCUAUCGAUGUUACAUUUGCCAAAAAUGAUCCUCGCGUUUCCGCUAUUGUUUGGGCUGGCUACCCUGGCCAGGCUGGUGGAGCUGCUAUUGCUGAUGUUCUCUUUGGAAUAGCCAACCCAGGGGGGAAGCUUCCAAUGACAUGGUAUCCACAAGAUUAUGUAGCUAAAGUGUCUAUGGCAAACAUGGACAUGAGAGCAGAUCCAACAAGACACUAUCCAGGCAGAACCUACAGAUUCUACAAAGGCCCUACAGUUUUCCCAUUUGGGGCUGGCCUUAGCUACACAAGAUUCAACCAGCGCUUAGUAUCCGCCCCAGUCACUCUUUCAGUGCCAACCCUUCAGUAUGAUCUUGAAGGGAUCAACAGCACAACUAUUAGCACAACAAUGAAAAAGAAAGCAGUGAGAACAAUACAUACCAAUUGUGAUUCACUUGACUUAAACAUACACAUUGAUGUGAAAAACAUAGGAGACUUGGAUGGAACACACACAGUCCUCAUUUUCUCAACCCCGCCUCCAGGUGCUACAUUUCCUGAGAAACAACUAGUCGCGUUUGAGAAAUUUCAUGUCGUGGCUGGGGCUCAGCAGAGAGUCAUGAUCAACAUCAAUGCCUGCAAACACCUUAGCGUAGCUGAUGAAUAUGGAAUUCGAAGAAUUUUUAUGGGAGAACACAAAAUUCAUGUUGGUGACGACUUCAAACAUUCUAUAACCUUCCAAGCUUCAAAAGACGAGAUCAAAGUCUAAGUAUACUUUUAAGGACUAGGUCAUAGGGUACUUGUUUCUAUUCUUGCAAUUAAUAAUUCUUAUUUCUUUCCCUCAGAAAGACAACAACAAGUAUAAAAAAGAUUUGUUGCUUGUGAGAGGGAAAAGUUAAGAACAAUAUUAGAGAUUUGUGGUGUAGUAAGUGUUUAAGAUCAAAGUUGCAGCAAGUGUAUUGAUUGGGUUCAAUAAAAAAUUUGUUGAACCUUAAAUGUGACAUAAAAUUUCAGAAUAAAGUACAUUAAAGGAUUGUUGUGA